AUGUAUAGACUCAAAAUUCCGCAUAGAAGUCAAAAACUAAAUCCGUUAAAUAUUAAUAUCAAAUUUACUCCUAAAUAUCUAAUUAUGAUUGUAAGAACUCCACUAUAUCUUUACAGAGCAAGUACAGCUAAGAAUUGCACUGUAUAUGUGUUAGAAUUCAAUCUUAAACGAGAUAUAUACAUAAAAAAACCAAGUAUGUAUGAAAAAAUUGACUAUAUAAAGUCUCAGACCUUAAUAUAUGUACUUUAUAAAAAACCUUAUCGAAGUGCUUUAAAUUCUUAUGUAUACUAA